AUGUCGACCUCCUCACUCACCUCUCUCCCUCCUUCCGACUUCCGAUCCGCCCCUUCAUCCGAUACUCUCGACCUCGCACCUCCCAAAUCAGCUCCUAAACGAACUUACGCCCGUGCACGCCGGUUAUCACCUUCACCACCUCCUCUUGGCGGCUCAUCAUCCUCAUCGAUACCAAGCUUCAUUGCACCUCCUCCAGCUGUAACCUCUCCAUCUAAAGCAUUACUCGACAGGUGGUCGUCUGCAAACCAAUCUUGGAAAGAUGAAUUAUCAAAACUCGAUGCCCCUUCUUCCGAUAAGGUUGAGGAUCUGCCAGACGAUGAUGAAGAAGCUAUUAAGAGAGAGAUGGAAAAGAUGAGAAGACAAGCUAGGGGAUUGAAAUCUCUAGAAGACCAACAGUCAACUCUCAAGGAUAAUCAGAGCUUGGGUGUACCGACGAAUCCACUAGGGAAGACCUCUUCUCUAACUUCUUUACCAACUACAGCCACAUCACCUUUACGUUCUUCACCACCACCACUUCGAUCUUCUCCGCCACUAGUGAUCAACAAAGGAUUACAAGCUUCGUCUUCGGAAGUAGCUGAGGAGACGAUGUUCCCUGUUAGGAAAUCAGGGAUGAGUGGAAGACCCAAGAAAAUAAUCAUUUCUGAUGACGAAGAAGAUGAAGACGAAGAUGAAGCUCCGUUAUUCGCUAAAGAUACGUCUAGAAGUGCUUCGCCAACAGACGAAUCGACCACUGAAGCAGGAACUUCCCCUCCGCCGAAUCGUAAUCAUGAUCGCGAGCCUGAGGAUGAGGAGGAUAAUGAGAACAUCGGAGAUUACCUGGAUAACUUGGCUGAUAAACAAGCUAGAGCAGAGAAAGGAAGGGCAGAAGAAGAGUCUCGACAACCCAAGUCAUCGGCUCUAGAAGGACUGGAUGAUCUGUUUGACGAGGAGGAGGAUGAACCUCGGGAGAAAAGAGGUAGAAAACCAAAGGGACUGAACAAAGCCGACAGAGCUGAGAUGGAGAAAGAUAUCGCUCGGGCCCAAAGAGAACGUCCUGUCGCUUUCUCCCGACCUGAGCCAUCUCGUCUACCCAUCACAGCUUGGCUUGCUCAAGCGAACGUUGCGGUGAAGUCGAAGGAACCGAUUGAGCACAAAAACGCCGUACCUGGGCUUACAUUUGCUAAAUCGCCUCAAACCAGUCCUAGUCAGCCUACUCCUCCAGAUGACGAUAUCAUCGGAUUCACACCUUCAUCCGGGCUUCGUCGUCCAUUAGGUACCACGUCGACAUCCCGAAUCUCCAUCGAGAACCCCAACACCCCCACUCCUGCUCCUGGUAAGAAGGAUAAGGGGAAAUACAAAGUGGUUGUACCGGGAACAUCUGAAGGUCCCGAACCAGAUGAAGAAGAGGAGGAUCAAAAUUUCACUACUUUCAUGGACAAACAGGAGAUACGUGAUAAAGAGAAGGCUGAUCGCGAUGCCAAGAGAAAGAAGUUAUUGGAGUUCAAGCAGAAUAUGGUGAAGCAACAAAUCGCCAAAUUGAAUUUGGAACCUUCAAAACCUUCUUCUUCUGAUCAUGAACAUGAAGAAGACGAAAGUGAAGACGAUGAUUUGGAAUUCGACGAUGAUGAACCUACACCUAAAAAAGAAGUGGUCAAACAAGCAAUGCCCAAAGUGACAGGAGCCAAAGCGGUAUUAGCCAAGAACGUGAACCAAUCUACUAUAUCAAAGCAGAAACAAGGUUUCUUAGCACGAGCGGGUAAAUUACACAAGAAAGUUAAACCUCAAGAUCAGAAUCAACUUGAUAUUAGUGAAACGUAUGUUGAUUUUGCUGCAAAGACAUUUUCGCAUGCCCAGCAAAAACAAUUGAAUGGAGGAUCGAAACCUGCUAAUCAGAAGAAGGGAAGGGAAGAGCCGUUGAGUAAUGAAGAUAUGGCGAAAUUGAUACAGAAGAAACAUCAAGAACAGAUUGUUAAACUUAGACAAAAGAAAGAGGAAGAUUAUGGUAGAGUCAAAGUCUUGCCUCAAAGGGUAGAACAAGAUUUCCAAGUUUUGCUUGAAGCUUCCAAGAACCAACAUGAAAAUGACAAUGAUGAGAAUGGAGAUGAUGAUGAAGAUGGUGAAGAUGAAGAUUACAAUCCUGAAGAAGAGAUGGUAUGGAGUGGGGAAGAACAGGAAGAAGAAGAAGGCGAAGGUGAAGUUGAUGAUCAGUCGCAACCUGGAGAAGAAAGGGAAGGCGAAGAUCAGAACGAGGAUCAACAUGCUCUACCUGCCACGCUGGAAGAAGAUGACGAUGAGGAAUACACACCGAUGAUUAAGCGUAAACCUCGAGCAUCAGCUAGAGUAGCUCUUGAUUCGGACGACGAAGAUGCUCAGACUCAAGCUCAAGCUAGAACUCGGUCUUCGCCUGCUCAGAAGGCUCCUCUGGCUGAGGUGCCCGCUGGACUUACCGCUACUGCCAAAUCUACACAGGGAUUCGGAGGAUUCGACUUGGGUGGAUUCGGCGAUGAUGCUGGCAGUCAAGGAUUCUCACAAUUAUUUGGAGAUACACAAGCUGCUACGCAGGCAGGUGAAGAGGAUGCUUUCGCAGCUUUACGAGCGGAUCGCGUAGGCUUCUUACCUGCCGAUGCGAUGUUGCCCGGAGUCCAAAUUUCCAAAACUCAAGUCGAAAGGGAUAAUAACUUGAUUGCAGCUGAGAUCGAAGAAGCUGCUAUGGAAAGAAUGCAGGAGAUGGAGAAACCUAAGAAACAAUAUAUCAACGAGAGAGGAUUGUUCACUCAGACUAAACCUGCUUAUGAGGAAGAUACUCAGGUAUCAGAUACAAGAAGACAAUUAGGUGGAUUAUCCGAUUUCUCAAUUGGCGCUACUCCUUUCGGCAAAACCCAAACUCAGAUGGAAUCGCCCAAUGUGAUUGGAUCGCCUACUCAGACUCAGACUCAGACACAAGGGGAUGAAGAGUCAUUCACAAGAUUACGUAGAAGACUAUCUGAUCCUGAUGACGCUCAAGGACCAUUAACUCUCUCACCUACUCAACCUGUCCGAACGGAACGAAGUGUUUUCGACAGGAUGAUGAAAGCUUCUUCACGUGCUGAGCGACAAGAGGAGCAAAGGAAAAUAAUGAGAAAGAGCAGGAUGGUAGACGAACAGGCUGAAGAAAGUGACGAGGAUAAUGGAUGGGCGAAAAUUGGAGGAGCGGAAGAGAAUGACGAUGAUGAUGAUGAAGAGAAUGAUGGAUUCUUGGAGGAACUGGUCGAUGAUCAGGAGGUUGAUGAGGAGGUUAGGCAGAGGCAGGAUGAGUUGGCAGCGGAGAAGAACCGAGAGAUCCAAGCUGCCGACGACGCUCGAAUCGAAGCAGAAGCCAGGAAGAUCACGGAAGGUGAAUAUAGGCAUAAGAGGCGUGGCAAGGACUUCUUAGACGGUGAAGAAUCCGAUGAAGAUGAGAGAGGAGGCAAGAGGAGGAAAUUAUCCAGAAAAGAGAGGAGGAAGAGGAAGCUGGAUAGAGAAGAUGGAUUGGACAAACUACAUGGCGAAGCGAAUGUCUUCAGACAAGUAUAUGAAGACGAUUUGGAUUCUGAUGAGGAUGAAAUUGAUGAGACGCCCCUGGAAUCAUAUAAUCUGAAUCUGAACUUUGUUGUGGAUGAGCCAGAAGAAGCCAGUCAAGUGGCAGUCGAACCUAAGAGGACUUUCAGGGAGAAAUUAGACAUGCUGAAGAAUCGUGGUGUAAUGAAUCGAGGUAUGAACCAUGAAGAGAUGGCUAUUGACGAUGCGGAUGAAGACGAAAUUGCACUUGAUCCCCGUGCUACCGCGCUGAAGAAGCGGAGAGAUACAUUUAUCGGGGAAGAUGAAGAUCACUCAAUGGGAGACGAAGGGUUCUCCAUCUCCAGGUCAAUCAGAAACACUACUAGUGUUGUUAGUACAAGUGAUUACAAAGAAAAUAAUACUCGUAAACUUGCAUCCUAUGCUUCAUACGUGCAAGAGGAAUCUCAAGUGAAUCGAAGAGUAGGUGGAGGAGCUGCGGGAGUAUCGGUCGUGAGACCACAAAACUCUUCGAGAUCAAUUGGACCAUCCAGAAGCAGCUCUCUGAAUAAUGGCAGGCCCGCACCUGUCCCUCACCCUCAUCGACAAAGUACAGGUGGGAGUCAUGGAAGUGCGAGCGGCAGUGGGAGUGUGUUGUUGAAUAAAGGUAAUAAGUUUGCUUAG